AUGGCAACACCGACCGCUACCUCACAAAAUAGCCCCUUUAUACGGCAGCUCGCCGCGAAUGACAAGCGUAUUCGCGACAAAGCUCUCGACAGCCUAAAGCGGUAUCUCGACGGACGGACAGGUCUAUCGGAGGUCGAGCUGCUCAAGCUAUGGAAGGGCUUAUUCUUCUGCAUGUGGCAGAGCGACAAGCCGCGGACGCAGCAGCAGCUGGCGAUCGAACUCGCGGCGCUCAUCGACAUCCUUCCUCUCGAUACCGCGCUCGACUUCCAGGACGCGUUUUGGAAGACGAUGGCAAGGGAGUGGGUGGGAAUUGAUCGGUUAAGGAUGGACAAGUUCCUUUUCCUCGUCCGCCAGUACCUACACGCCUCGUUCCGCCUCUUCGCGCGCCAGCACUGGCAAAAGGCCGAUGCGCUCGAAAGGUACCUCGAUAUCCUGCGCGAGACGCCGUUGAACCCUACCGAUCCAAAAGUGCCGAACGGACUGCGCCUGCACGUCCUUGAUAUCUACAUCGAUGAGCUGGAUAAGGUGGAUGAGGCGAGGGAGAGCGGCCUGCCGCUUGAACAAGUUCUAGCGCCGCUACGCGAGCUUGGGGAGAAGAGUGUGACCAAAGCAAUCCGGGUUCGUGUGAAGGAGACGCUAGAGGAAGACGAACGGCUGGAAGACUGGAAUAACCCCAAGAAAAGCGAAGAAGAGCACAAUGGACAGGACGAAAAUGAAGAAUGGGGAGGCAUCGACGAGUGA